AUGGAGUCGGCGAGGUCUAAGCUAUCACGAUUUCUGAAGUGGGAAGAACUGGACGGCGACGAAAACUAUGACGACAUCGCAAUUCCAGGCCCUCACGGAAAAAGAGCCCUUACAUCUUCUGCAUCUAUUCCACGAAUGAGUUCUAUGAACCUUCUACCAGAGAACCUAGAAACGCUACGUAUUUCGCCACGAAAAUCUGGCCUCUCCCCACCGGCGUUCCAGCUCAAUCACAAAUCGAACCACCUCGGCUCCUUGGGUCGCUUUGCAGAGUCCGAGGAAGAAGAUUACAACUUCGAAGAUGAUAUCGGCCCGCAGACAUUCACCCGCGAGAAUCUACACAAGCCAACUGAAAAUUACGGAUAUCUGCCUGCAUCUUUCGAAAGUCUUUCGCCUGCGCUUGCAAGGAUAGCCAGUGCAGAUGAGGACGAAGAUACAGACGUCACUAGAAUAAACGAGGACGGCUUUGAGGGAGUAGAAAACAUAUUCGGAAAAGACGAGAGUGGUAUUCUUGAGACAAGCACAAAUGAAUAUGUGUCGCCGCGACGUUUCGACGCCAACAGGGCCAAAGAAGCUUUGGCUAGACAGGAACAAGAGAGACAGAGAGCUGCAGAAGCAGAGAACCAAGAGUGGUUGCUAAGACAUCAAAGAAAGUACGAAGAUGCGCUCCGAACUCUCACACGCAAGGACCUGCAAAGAUAUGCCAAAGCUGUUUCCAAAAAGCCAUCGAUGCGAAUGAAUGUCAGGUAUGAAGAGGAUGAAGCCUUUCAGGAUGGAUUUGAGGAGUUUCCACCAGAUAUACUCAGCUCUGAAAACCUCAGUCAAUUCAAAUCGUAUCCUCAGGAGAUCAGACCAAGUUUGUCGUAUAAAGCUAGCAUGCCUUCGUUUCAACACUCUCGCACUGCUGUGCCAACAAAACCAAGAAAGUCAAGGUCUAAUAUGGAUUUCGCGUCAACUCAUGGUAACCAAAACACAAAAAGAUACAACGAGAGAAUUAAUUCUGCUACUCACAGGUUUCAAGGCUUGAACAAAGUCAGUCAAAGCAGCGAAAACCAAGAAAGAGAUCUAUAUCUCCAGAAAAGGAAAAGGGCAAAGGAGCUUCUUCGCAAGUAUCUGGAGGCUCCCGAUGAUCAAUUCGAAGUCCGCACUAGCCCUAGCAAGCAUGUUAGCCUAUCAAGAAAGAAACAUCAGAGAAAUCCUGGAAUCGUCAAGAAUCUCAAUCGUAGAUCCACAGAUCCAGGCGGGUUUGGCGAAAUGAGAUAUAAUCCCGUUGCUGUGACUUGGGAAGGAAAUGAGCACGAUCUCCUUCGAUUUGAGGAUGAUGCGUACGACGCAAUGAAAACAAGGGAACCAAGCCUCAUUAAAUCAAGAGAUUUUCUUCCACAGAAAGAGAGAAUUGGAAAUAUGGUUUAUGACGCAGAGAACCUCCGAUGGAUAAACCUAGAUGCUGAAACUGAGGACGGACUCAAAGAUCUUCCUGAUCUUGUCCCUAAUGACAUGCCGCAAUAUGUUCUUCCAAGAUCAACCUCUAAGAGGCUGUUGGGGGCUCGUGGAGUCAGUGUUUUCACUCAACGUACCAUUCUGUCGACUUCCAGUGGAAGUUCAUCAAGGAGCGUGCCUCUGGGAGAUGAAUUCUUUGUCUCUGAUAAACUUCAGGCUAGGUUUGAGAAAGAAGAAGCAAAAAUCAAACGAAAAACACAUGAGUGGUUUGAUCCCAAUGAGCAUUACAGUCUUCGACAUCCAAGACCCUUCAAUCACGACUAUUUCUGGGAAAUACGUAACAUGGUUGAAGCUUCGCAAAACAAGAGAUGA